CAGGACUCAAGGGGCGGGGUACUCGCAUACACUUCGCCCCUGUUUUCGAAGCUUGCUGCCUACUCACCUUACAUAUUCACUGUGUUAGAAUCUCGUCAUGCAGCCGGAGGUUCGCAAACGAUUUGCGUGUUCAUUUUGCGACGCCAAGUUUGCGAGAAAAGAGCACAAGCUUCGGCACGAACAAUCACAUCCAGAUACGCCUCGGAGUUCCUUUAAGUGCUCCUCCUGCCCCAGAGCCUUUCUUCGCAAGGACGUGUUGACACGACAUGAGCGGUGCGUUCAUCGCAUCCUUAAACCCUCCCACAGGCAACGUGCAUCAAGGGUCCAGGCGUCGCAGAUCCAGGAAACACGAACACAUCAGAUUCAAGAAAGUCAGACUUUCCAAACAGACUGGCUUUCGGCGACCGACACAAACAGCGCGCAGACCACGGAGCCACUACGACCUGCUGUCGGAAUUAUGGCUGAGAUGGAAACUCAACUCCAGUCAAGUGGGGGUCCCUCUCGGAGCCUAACGUGGGACUACAGUAACAUCGACAUGUAUAGUGAUUUCUUUGGCUCAAGCGAUACUCUUCUCCCAGACGGCGAUUACAGUUUGCUGCCUAAUCAGAAUCGAACACAGGAGACUGAGGGGGAUAACAACGAGGUUGCAUUGAAUGUAGCCGGCACGGUCAAUAGCAUAAUGUCGACUAUGUAUGACAACAUCUCUGCUAGCGAUGGUGCAGCAGGAGACAAAGUGCAUGCUACCGGUUUUCCCAUCUGGAAUGCAGGGCCAACGCACGUAAAUCCAAGCCUGAUGGAUUCCGUUGGUAUCCGCUAUCCUACCCUAAACCCAUCGGAUCUCCCUUCACCUCGAUCCUCGGACUACAUGUCAUGCGAGACCUCUAUGAAGCUUCUUGAAUUAGUGGAAAACUCUAACGAGAACCAAAGCAAGCUUCCAGCUCAACUCUUGCUGGACGACACCGUCAUGGUACGGUUACAAGAUGCCACUGGGAGAGGAUCGCAGCCGGAGAAUCGCAGUCUCCCGGCAAAAGUCAAGUGCCAACGUUAUAUACGUAGCUUUUUCCAAUAUUUCCAUGUCCACAUGCCUUUGAUGCAUGUACCAACAUUCCAAGUGCGCACAUCGCCUAGUGCUCUGCUCUUAUCGAUGCUUGCAAUUGGAGCCCUCUACUCCUUCAAUCCUGUGGAAGCCCGAGCUCUUCAUGAUCUAUCCAAGUCAACGCUCGAUACGGACGAGGGGUCAAAAAAGCAAACAGUGUAUUUACAAACACUGCUGUUCAUUACCUGUUUUAUAUUCGGGUCAGAUGAUGCUACUCUCCGGUCCAACGGCUUGAAGUUUCAGGCAAGAUUAACAAGGGAGUUACGAACUACUAGGGAGGAUCUGUGCUCCUCGAAAUGCCACGAUUGGGAAAGUUGGGUCGAGGCUGAAGCACGAAAAAGAGCGAUUAUUAAUACCAUUAUCUUCCUUGGGCUCAUGAGCGUCUCGUCUAUGUCGGACGAAAUUUCUGUUCCUGGUGAUUUUGACUUCGAGAUGCCAUAUGAUGAACCUCUAUGGUUGUGCCCAAAUGCCGAAGCCUGGAAAUCCCAACGCUCCCUGAUGCAGGUACCAAAAUCGUUCAAGUCUGCCUUUCACGCCCUGUUAUAUACCCCAGAGCCACUUUGUACGACGCCAAGUGUGCUUGGCCACUUGACGCUCAUGCAUGCACUUUGGGCACACGUUCGUCGUUCGAGGUAUACGGCCAUGGCCCUUCCAUCACAACUUGCGACACAAGUACUUCAAUCGGCUGCAAAUGCCCUGGGACGAUGGAUGCUUUCAAUAAAGGAGCUCUGUGUGGCGUGUGAAGAAGCAUCCAGGGCAAAUCCUUCGCUCAUUGCCCUAGGUAUUGUUUUAUGGGAGGUGACAUGUGUUCAUCUGUACGCGGACACGCCUGCCUUGGCCAAUGUGAAGGCAAUAACUCUAGGCCUUGUCGAAGAUGCCCAGAAUGUAAACCCACUCCUAGUACGAACACAACGGUCAUCGCAUAUGACCAUCGCGGCCAAGCACAGCCUCGUUUUCCUCCGAGGGCCCAUCUCAAGAGGAAUACACCUUGUGAGAUUCACUGGCAGCAUCAAUGUUUAUCCCGGCCAUUGCUUGCUCGGAUAUCAUUGCGUUGUACUUCUUGUCGGAUGGCUUUACACAGUUGAGUACGAUACCCAAAGGGGUGCGAAAUGUAACACAGAAGAACAAGCACUUCUGGAUGCUGUGGCCUCGCUUAUCGAGGAUUCCGGUAUCGAAAACAUCCACUUGUUGCCUCCCAGCAAGGCCGUAGCUACUGUUUGGUCUGAUGUCCUCAAUGCUCCAAGCCGGAUCUGGGGCGUAGAGAAGUUACUGGGGAGGUAUCUCGCUACGUCCAUAUCGACAUCAUCCUGAACCAGGGUCUCUGUCAGCCGCGACUCUACGUUUGAAACACGCUGAGUGCUGCUCACUGAAUGGACUUGCCUUCUGCGGCUGGGACAAUGGUAUAACACCUACAGUCAAAGUAGUACACAAUAGGGCUAGACAUUCCCAUUUUCCUUCGCUGAGCUCAUUUUGAAACAGCUACCAAGCGGGAAAAAAAAAAAAAAAAAAAAAAAAAAAAGAAAA